UCAAUUGUUUCUUUAAACAGGUGAGGGUCACCUUUGCAAUAACACGGAAGGCGAGCUGCUCAGCGGCAGCCCGACAUUUGAUAGCUGGCUUGUUUGUGACAGGGUCAGCGGCAGCGAGCAUCAAUGAUUAAGCGGUUUGUCGGGUCUUGGAACAUGACAGCUCACAAUGGAAUUCGCGGGGAAAGCUAUCGUGUCGGCUGCUUUCGUGGUCACCCUGACUUUAAUUUACAAGUACUAUAAAGCAAGAUCUGCCAAUGCUACUCGAAGGGGAGGUUCGGGAAAUUCCGACUGCCAAGACUCAUCAGAGUCUCCAGAGGAAAGCGACGCAGAUGCACGGCCGUGGCCAAGUUCUCAAAGGCUCAACAGGCAGGAAAAUGUCAGUGACCCCACAAGGCAGAUCAACGGAAGUGAACAGAGCCCCGAGAAACCUGGCGUGAAAACUAAGUCACUGAAUAACGCGGCUGACAUCCAUUGCGCAGACAGAAAGGAUCUCCGAACUGCAGGUGAGCGGAACAAUGGGAUUGGGGAUGUCGACAGCAACAGGCUGCAAGGAGAAAUUCCGCAGCCAGGUGAGCCCGGGGCGACGAGUAAUCAUCUGGCAGAGUCAAGGGGUAACGACCUUGCUCCAAACUCUGCCGCAGCUGAUAUCAGUGAAGCGUGUGUGGUCAGAAACUUCCAAGCUAAAGAAGGUAAUAAAUUAAAUUCCAACCAGGGUUCAGGAACAGAGAAGGCGGAGAGCAAAAGCGAUGAAACUGUACACAUUGCUGGGGAGGAGGAUUAUUUGAACGAUAUCAGUUCUCAAACAUGUGCCGAACAAGGAUUGGAUGCGUAUUGUAUCAGGGAGUCCCAACUGUGUCAGAAUAUUAGUUCCUUUGAUGUUGUGAGUGCUGACUAUGACUCUGAAAAUAUGAGCCUGUCUGCAAAUGUUACUGAAUCCUUCCAAGAUCUUCUCAUUUCACCCACAUCUGAGGUGGCUAAAAGCAGUCAGCAUCAACCUGUAGAGGAUCAGUCAACUGAACUCUUGGAAAAUGAGACCCCGGAGGGUCUCAACAGCAAUAGGCAGUCAGCAAGAAGGGUCUGGAAACAUGAAAAUAACUCCAGUGCCCGUAAGAAAUGCCCUGAAAUCAAAAUUCAGAGAUCUAAUACUCCAUAUGUUCAGUCUGCAUAUCAGGUCAAACAUGAAAAUGCCCAAACUGGCAAUGGAUCUGGUGGGCUAAAUAUUUUGCAGCCCUGUAUGGAAGUGAAUCAUAAGAUCAUUUCAACUUCAGAAAUGACAACAGAUGCAAAUGACUAUCAGGACAGAAAUAACACCUGUUCCCUUGCUCAAAUUACCACAGAUCAAGUUCCCCCUGACAACCUCAACAACUCAUUUCUCCAGAAGGAGAUGAGAGACCAGCCAGCAGUUUAUUGUUCUUUGAGUUCAAUUCAGGAUGAUAUAGGUUUGACUGUCAAACCAAAGACAGUCUGUUCAUUGUUAUCUGGAUUGUGCCCAGAUGAACAUCCAGAAACCACCAAUAUUUCUUCCUGUUCAUCUGAGUCUGACAUCAGUAUAAGAGCAAUCUCCAGAAAACACAGUAUUUCGGCAAUUGCUGAGACCCCAGCAUUUCUAAUUGACCUCCAGUCAGACUCACAGGUUUGUUCAGAAGAAAGCACCUCAGGUGACUUUAACUUUAGAGCACCUUCAGUUGAUGACCUGAGCACCAGUUCUCUGGGCUCUCUGGUAGAUUCAUUAUAUUUGUCUCAGCCAGACCUCAUCAAGGAAACAGCAGUAGAAAUUGUCGCUGGAGCCAAUUUUAUUCCAAUCCCUUUGAGCAAUGAGUCAAGUGUUGAAGUUAUGAAAUGUCGUUUGGAUCUGGGGAACUGUUAUGAGAUUUUGUGCGUUGCAAAGAAACAUGACCUAAAGGACCUGCAAGAUGCUGCUUACCAAGUCAUGAGCGACAAUUACUUGCAGGUUUUGAAGAACCCAAGUAUUUAUGGUCAACUCAAAGCAACUGAAAGGGAACUGAUCCUGUCAAGAAGGAUGGAUGGGAAAAGAUAUUUAAUGGUAGUCGAUGUGGAUGUUCAGGAUAAUGUCUGGACUAAGGCAGCAGUUCAGCAAAAGACAGAUGGUCAAAACAUUGCCAGAUUACUGAAACCUUUUCAGACCAAUCACAAAGUGUAUUAUUACAAGAAUGAGAAUGAUUCAUGGCAUCCAUUAGUUGACCUGGAAGUUGAAUCAAUCUCCAAGGAUUGUGCAUUAUGCACCAUGUAUAAUUAUCUAUUUGUUGUGGCUGGUUGUCAGGGGUCUGGUAAAAGAAUCAAACUAUCCAACAAGGUGUUCUGCUACAACCCAGUGACUAACAUUUGGAGUGAGAUCAGUCCAUUAAACCAGGCCAGGCCCAACUGCAAACUUGUGGCUUUGGAUGGGCACCUUUAUGCAAUUGGUGGAGAGUGCCUCAGUACAAUGGAGAAGUAUGAUCCUAGAACAGACAGAUGGACUUUCACUGCACCUCUACCACGAGGAAUCUUUGCUGUAACGCACAAAGCUACUGUGUGUAAUGGUGAGAUUUACGUGAGUAGGGGCAUCACUUAUUAUCAACUUCUCAGAUACAGUCCCAAAGAAAACUCAUGGAAUGAAUGCAGCAUGAUGAGCAGGAAGGACAAGAUGACUGAUAUAGCAGCUGUCAAAAACUUCAUCUACAGGUUUGAGAUUAACCAGGAUUAUGGUAUCAGUGUGUUUCGGUAUCAUAUCAUCACCAAAACCAGUGAUGAAUGUGCCACCAAAAUAGUUUGCAAGAUGGCACCAUUUCAGUGUGCUGUUGUGGAUGACACUAUCUACUGCAUCAAUAAACAGUUCAUGAUGCAGUUUAUAGCUCAUGAGAUAUCACCUUAUUUUAAAGUGGAAGAUUGCACAGUCCCUCCUGGAGCAAAAGGAAUUCUGUUUCCGUUUGUCCUUACGCUGCCAGAAAGAAACACAUUACAGACUCCAGUGUAAUUGUUGUUGAAAAUCCCUGUUUCAUAAAAGAUGGUCUAAAAAGUUUUCUUUAUGUUAUUACAUAAAAACAGAAAAUAUUGGAAAUACUCAGUAGGUAAAAUAGCAUCUAUGAAAAGAGAAACAGAGUCAAUAUUUCAGGCCUUUUAUCAGCUGAAAAAUGAUUGAACUGAAGUAUUAACUUUCUACCUCUUCAGAGAACCACUGAGCAUUUCCAUAAUUUUGUCCAGUUUCAGAUUUCCACCAUCUGCAGAAUUUUGCUUUUUGACAUUAGUUGUUUGGUGUACCAAUAGCAAAAUGUGUCUAAUUUCCUUUCUCUCCAUCAUUUCAAGAGACGUUUGCUCCAUGGAAGUCCCUUUCAACUUGAAAUUCAGUCUAGGUUGGACUGUUCUAUGUUACCUUUCAAUCUUUCAGUAGUUUACCAGUAGGAAAUUAAGUGAAUGAGAUACGAUCUUAUCAAUCUAUCCUCACCUGCCCUUGUAGGAAGAAAAUUUUCACACAAAAAUAUAAAUAAAAGGUCAGUAAUUAUAAUGUCAGUCAUUAUCAAUAUCUGGAAAAGUAAGAAAGCAGUGUGAUUAGAUCUGCCGUGGUGUGAACAAAGUCACUGGAGAGAGACUGAAGCUAGUGGAUAUAAAAGAGUUUAUUCAACAAAAAUGGGCAUCAUCUUGAGAUGUUCUUGGAAGAAGUGGCCCACUCAGCCCAAUAUUACAUGACAUUUUAUACACUAAAGAUCAAAGGUAACAGCAGCACAAUUCUAUAGUUACAAUGUAUCUACAAUGCUUCCUUUGAAUUACAUAUAGUUUUCAAACACUUCCUUCUUUGCACCCACACUCCAGACACCCAAAAUGAAUCGGCAUUGUUUGCUUUGCACUCAACUCCUGUCUGCAGUUCUAUGAAUACUAUUGUUCAGGGCUGCAUUUUAAAUUCAAUCUACAAUCCAUGUUCAGUUCUGAAGAUUGGUUACUGGUGAAAUUAAUAUACAACCUAACAAGAUCUACUGAGGAAGUGUGGACCAUUCGUAGGUAAGCAAGGGUUGAUUCUUGGUAGAGUUUCUGGUGGGACCAUCCUGUGUAAAGUGCCUACAAGUGAACACAGAGUAGGCUUUGGUCAUCAACCUGAAACCUCUCCCCGUUUCUCUCUCUCUGCAGAUGCUGCCUGAUCUGUAGAACACUUUUAGCAUUUUAUGUUUUAACUGAGUAUGAUAAAGGGAGCAGGAAACACUGGAAGAAGACUUUUAGCAAAAAAUUAACAUGAAGAUUGACACAGUGAGCUAAAUGGUCAGUCCAGUGCUGUGCUGUUCGAUGUUGAAUGUUCUUUGUAAUGCUCCUCUUAUUAACUAUUCAGACAUUCCUUGUUAGGACUCACCCACAGCUAUAUGGGCAAGAUAUCAAAAGUGAAUCCAAAUCAAUCCCAGCAUGCUCCCAAAGUAGAAGGGGAGAGAGCCAGGACAAAUCUUCAAAGUUUUAGUCUGUUUGGAGUCAUGGAGAGUCACGGGAUCAUACUGUGUGUGCUCACUUAGCUCAACGUCAAACACACAUCUACACUCAUUUCCUGUUUUUUUUUUAACCAUCUCCCCAUAAAUGACCCUACCAGCCAAUUUUACCUGCCACACCAGUGGCAAAUUCACAGCAGUCAAUUAACCCGCCAACUAGCAUUGAAAUGUGGGAAAAGUCUCGGGGGGGGGGGGUUGGGUGGGGAAGAGUAGCUAGAGGAAUCUUACUGGGAGACAAGAAAUUUUCUCUCACACUGCAUCCACGGUCAGGAUCAAACCCAGGUCUCUGGACCUGUAAGGCAGCGGCACUGUGCCACCCACAAGCCCAUCAAGAGCAAAAUGGCUAAAUCAGGGAUAUUUUGCUGCAGAUUAAAUAAACAGUUCCUGUUGUUUAAACAGCACAGAUCAGAGGUACUCUCUAUAAAACUAGGUGAGCGACAUCAGAACAAAUGACAGCAUCUAUAACAGAGAGGUCGAUUUGAAUCAUUUUAAACAAAUGCCCUUGAAUUUUUAUUGCUGAUAAACUAUUAAAUCUUUCAGGGCCUCAUUAUGCAAAAAAAAAAUUCUUCCAAGCUUUAUCACUACCAUCAAGGAAGCCAAUUGUCAUAAGAAGUUUAUAACACUGCAUAUGCCAUAAGCAAGAUUUUAUAGGCUACCAUCUGCAAGAUAUUCAUGUUAAAGCUUCGCUCUCAGACUACCAAGUACAAUGCUGUACUGUAUGAGUACACAAACUUUCAGGGACAUGUUCCUUGUGCUGAGCUUCCCCUAUGAGGUGCAGAGGUUGUGAAUAUGAGCCAAACCUGCAGUUUUCUUUUAGAUCUGCGUUGCCGAAUCAAGAAUCCAGAUGCCCUUUCAUCACGAUUGCGGGGAAGACUGAAGGGAUCUUCUCAGUGUUAUCCUCUGUCCGUUCUCAGAUCCCACUUCCUACCUGUGAGCAGUCAUGGCAUGAAUGUGGAAUAGUCAGAGCACGUUAAAUAAAAUCUCCCACUUUCAGAAGCAGCAGUGAUUGACAGAGCAACUUAAAGUUAAGCCACAGACUCUUCCUUGUGGACUUUUUUUUGACUGAGGACUGAGAUAUGGGGUUGGGGUCCUAUAUAUGUGUGCUAUUCACUAAAACUUUAAAUCAUUGACAGAAGGAUGUCAUUGUAAAAGAGGACCUGACCUGCCCUGUUUAUUACCUUAUUGAAUAGUGAUUUUGACCCCUGUAGAAUUUUGCUCUCAACUGUAAACAGAGCCUUUAAAAAAAAUUCUCCAUUAAUUUCCAUUAACUGGAGAGCAGGAGAACACAUUAAAAGCAUGGUAUCACCCUAUAAAUAAAAAUUAUCAUUUUAUCCCCUCAUUGGUUUUGAACACUGCCAUAAAACAGGCACCUCAGGACAAAUUCAAAAACUACAACUUCACCAGAAUGACAUUGUGACAGGGCAUACUAUGUCUCAGAAACCAUUGCAUAAUCUAUGACAUUUAUCAAUGCAUCACCACUCAAACAAUUAGUUUCAGUCUAGAAUGCUAAAUUGUGGCUUACAAUGGCUUUUGGGACUAAUAAACAAUACAAUUUGCAUUAAUACAAAAUGUUUUUGGUUUAGUAUCCUCAGGACUGAAAUUGGUCAAUCUGAUAGUGAAUGGUUUUAGACCAUUUCAUAAUAACCACAUGUAGUGUACAAAGACAAUUACCUUGCAUGCAAGACAAUUGCUCUCAGUUCCCUCUUGAAAAUGACUGAUAGUCAAUACCUGCCACGCCAAAAGAUAUCACAUUCCAGUUCACUACUCUCUUGAAAAGGGCAAACACUCCAAAUACAACUUAUUCUUAACUUCACUGAGGUUAGCCUCACCCAUGAGGCACAGUAGCGUAGUGGUUAGCACAACACUUUACAGUACAGGCAACCCCGGUUCAAUUCCUGCUACUGCCUAUAAGGAGUUUGUACGUUAUCCCUAUGACCACGUGGGUUCCAGGUGCUCCAGUUUCCUCCUACAGUCCAAAAGUGUACCAGUUGGUAGGUUAAUUGGUCAGUGUAAAUUGUCCCGUGAUUAGGCUUGGAUUAAAUCAGGGAUUGCUGGGCAGCACGGCUCGAAAGACCAGAAGGGCCUAUUCCACCUGGUAUCUGAAUAAAUAAAAGAUGCUCCUCUCCCAAUACUUAACCUGUAAUAACCUAUUAAUAGAGAUGCUAUGAAUUAUUUAACUGACAGCAUUCCAUCAUGGUACCUUGAAAAAUCUACUGUCUACACCAAGUUCCAAACUGGUCAUUUUCUUUAGUACUUCGUCCUGGCAAGUUUAAACUGGUUCUGUCCUUUCUCUCCAGCUUACAACAUAUGUGACCAAUACUCACUAAAAAUUUUAUGCAUGCCUUGUUUUGCUGAUGUCAUGUUAGUUGCUAACAUUGGUUACUUGCUAGUGUAAAGACAGUCUAACACAGAUCUGAUGCCCCAAAACUCAGCUUAGACAGGAGCCCUCAAUAGCAUAGUAUCGCCAAUAUUUUCUCAAUGAGUGGUUCUCACUAACAUGAAUGACAGGAUGUGAUUUUUGUGUAGGUGAGAUUUACAUUUGAGGUGUAUUUUCCAGUGUUUUGUGAUGUUGCAAUGAAUGUUCAUUGGCACUGCAGUGACUUGUUCUGUCUAGCUACAGAAAGACACAAUUAGUGUAAGACUGCACUCUAUGCUUCUUGACAUUUCCUUCGAAAUCUGCAAUGUUGAAAGUGUUUUAAAAUAAUUUUCAAUUUUCUGGUGAAUGUAUUGGUAGUAAAACUCACUGAUCUUUGAAAUCAAAUAUACUACAAGCUAAUAAAAUAUUCUCAUGACAAAGCAAUGACAGACUCCAUAAAGAAAUUCUUUUAGUGUUAUUCUAGAGGGUUUCCACCUGCCCCAGACUCAGCUCUACCUAAAAUUUAAAAUACCAUUGUUAUAAUUUAUUCAAUUUUCUUUCUUAACUCGGCUUUACCACUAAUGCUACCCAGUGCUGUCAAAACUAGCAACAGCAAUGUCCUUUCUUCUGAUGGAAGAUUGUCAGCCUGAAGCAUUAACUCUCCAUCUCCACAGAUGCUGCCUGAUCUGAUGAGUAUUUUCAGCAUCUUUUGUUUCAUUACUGCCAGAGCCCACAGAUGAUUACCAAAAAUGGGGGCAUUCCUCCUCCCCAACCUUCACCCCUCUUUCAUCCGUCAACACUUAAUUUUACACUGUAGCGAUUCCUUAAUUUCAUUAGGCAUAAUUCAUCUUAAGGGUUAAGGGUUAAGUUCGCCGCAUGUGUUACGUGUUACGUUAUGCGUUAUUACGUUUUGGGGGCAGGGUUUUUUCAUAUAUACGCAUGACAUUGCUAUUUGUUGGCGGUCGCAAUAAAGUGUACGUUAGAAGUA